CAGAGAUCGGCUGUAAUGUUUACCAACAACAGCUGAGCUGGUUCCUGCUCCCGUAGUUGGCCAUGUUAUCUUCAUCAAAUGAAGAUUUAUAUUGGCAAUUUUGAUAUUUGAGUCCAGAAGUCAGAACAACAGCAACAUUUGCAGUUCCAACACUUGCUGGCACUAGAGCUCAUAUGUCAGAAAUACUGCAUACACGAUCAGGUCAUCAGCAGUGUCGUGAAACUCAUUACUGUGUCAGAAAUACUACAUGUGGGGUAAGACUUUGCCUUGAGACCAUUUAAACAUCUGAAUUAUUACAUCCACAUCUGCAACAUCUUGUGGAUGGAUGUUUUCUCAACACCUUCAGAUAGUGUCAUGUGGUGCCUUAUCACCUAUUGUAGUAAAGCGUUUUUCAUCUGAAGAGUUGUCUGUACAUCUGUUAUCAACAUCUGAUACACUGUGCUACUAUGGGAAAUAUGUGUAUUUAAAUACAAAUCUAGUGUAUCAUAUAUAUUACGAUCUCACUAUUUAUUGAUAACAAAUUGUGUGUAAGUAUUAAAUAUGUUUCUUAAUUUUAUUUGGUUAGAAAACAUUUCAAGGUUAUGUAAAUGAUUUUUUGGCAGGAUAAGUUUAUUCUUGGUUCUUAGUGUCACAGUAAGUUAAUAUAAAUAUUUUCCCAUUCCAAAACAUUAGACACUAUUUCUCCUAAAUGAACUUUUGUAUGUUUUGUAAGAGAAAAAAUGAACAAAAAUCCAUAUACUAUAUAGUAAAUAUAGAUUCUUAUUUUAGGUAAUUUGAUCUUAAACUUAAUAGGGUUAUCUAGAUAAGAUAAAAUAUCAGUGCUCUUAGUGUUCAGAAAUUAUUUCUUUCUUGACAUGAGGGUAUAGUGGAUUUGAUAUAUUAAAUAUAAAUAUAAAAAUCUGACAUGUACAUGGUACACCUGAUAGGUAUAUUCUUGUAAAUAUAGAAGACACACACACAUUCACACAAAUGACAAGCCACAUAAGGUCCCAUAUUAUGCUUGAUCCUUGUGCUGCAGCUAUAUGUAUAAUAAGAUAUUCCUCAGUACACUAAAAGAAAUAUAUAUAAUAUGUAUUUUCUCUGGAAGUGAUACAAAGUUAAAAGGUAUGAUUUUGAAAAAUUAAAAAGAAAAUCUUGUCACAUGAUUUGUUUGGUAUGUUUUAAAGUCAUCCACAGAUGUUAAUUUUGCUGCAUAUGCAAGUGCAUUUGUUUGUAAAUGCUUUCAUAUUAACUAAUUCACAGGAAAUAUUGUACAGUAUAUUUAAAGUCUAGCAUAUUAUACAAUAUACAGCACAAUAUUUUCUUAUUUAUGAAUCAGUAACACCAGUGGCUUACAUACAGUAUUGUACAAUUUUGCAUACUUUUAUGUCCUAAUAAGUAAUUAAUUUGUUUGUAUUCAUACCAAAUAGAAAGGGAUUUUUUCCAGUAGUUUAUUUGAUCUCCAGUGCCGUCAGUUGACAGCAGAGGUAACGCUUCAUAACCUGGCUGCUCUGCGCUGGCUGCCAGGUAGUAUAUAACUUGGAUUGUAGGACAUGUAAUUAAUGCAAGUAUUAGGCAUCCUUAACAACAUUUGCUUUAGUAAUACACACAAACUCGUGCUGGUUAAAACCACAUCAUAAAUAAAGGUUAUUAAGACUUUUCUCUAAUAUUUAUGAAGUAAACAAGAAUUUACUCUGGGGAGUAAUGAUAAAUAUCAGUGUCUUCAAGACAAAUGAAAUAUUGUAUCCUACAUUUUAUUUGUAGAAUAAAAAUACUAAAUAAUAUUUAGCAUUUUUUCUAUUAAAUAGCUUUUCAGAUCUAUACAUUUUAAACUGUACACAAAUUUCUUCAAAAGAAAAACCUCAUCAGUGUUGAAUUUUCAAAAACAAUAUAAUAAAGCAUAUCAUAUAAUAACAUACAAGACUUUAUAGAGAAAAAACUCAAUGUUAAAGAUUCAUUGUUUAAAACAUUCAGAAAUACUGUAUCAAAGUUAAAUAUGAGUGCUCAUUCAGAAGAGAAACCAUAUCACUGUUCUGUAUGUCUAAAAGACUUUUCACAGAAAUCAAAUCUAAUUAAACACACAAGGAUUCAUACAGGAGAGAAACCAUAUCACUGUCCAAAGUGUCCAAAAGACUUUUCAGAUAAAUCAGCUCUUAUAACCCAUAUGAGGAUUCAUACAGGAGAGAAACCAUAUCACUGUUCAGAGUGUCAAAAAGACUUUUCACAGAAAUCAAAUCUAAUAACACACAUGAGGAUUCAUACAGUAGAUAAGCCAUAUCACUGUUCAGAGUGUCUAAAAGAUUUUUCACAGAAAGGAAAUCUAAUGAAACACAUGAAGAUUCAUACAGGAGAAAAACCAUACCACUGUUUAAAGUGUGUAAAAUACUUUUUAGAGAAAUCAAGUCUAAUAAAACACAUGAGGAUUCACACAGGAGAGAAACCAUAUCACUGUUCACAGUGUCUAAAAGCAUUUUCCGUUAAAUCAGCUCUAAUAACACACAUGAGGAGUCAUACAGGAAAGAAACCAUAUCAUUGUUCAGUGUGUGUAAAAGACUUUUCGCAGAAAUCAAAUCUAAUAACGCACAUGAAAAUUCAUACAUUAGAUAAAUCACAUCAGUGUUCAGAAUGUCUAAAAGACUUUUCACAGAAAUCAACUCUAAUAAAACACAUGAGGAUUCAUACAGGAGAAAAACCAUAUCACUGUUCAGAGUGUCUAAAAGACUUUUCAGAAAAAUCAAGUUUAAUAAAACACAUGAGAAUUCAUUCAGGAGAGAAACCAUAUCACUGUUCAGAGUGUCAAAAAGAUUUUUCAGAUAAAUCAGCUCUAAUAACACACACGAGGACACACACAGGAGAGAAACCAUAUCACUGUUCAGAGUGCCUAAAAGAAUUUUCACGUAAAUCAAACCUAAUAUUGCACAUGAGGAUUCAUACUGGAGAGAAACCAUAUAAUUGUUCAGUGUGUCUAAAAGACUUUUCACGUAAAUCAUGUCUAAUAAAACACAUGAGAAUUCAUACUGGAGAGAAACCAUAUCACUGUUCAGAGUGUCAAAAAGACUUCACACUUAAAUCAAAUCUAAUAUUGCACAGGAGGAUUCAUACAGGAGAAAAACCAUAUCAUUGUUCAGAGUGUCUGAAAGAUUUUUCACAUAAAUCAAAUCUAAUAUUGCACAUGAGGAUUCACACAGGAAAGAAACCAUAUCACUGUACUGUGUGUCUAAAAAACUUUUCACAGAAAUCAAAUCUAAUAACACACAUGAGGAUUCAUACAGUAGAAAAACCAUAUCACUGUUCGAUGUGUUUAAAAAACUUUUCACAGAAAACAACUCUAAUAAAACAUAAGAAGAUUCAUAAGGAGAAAAAUAAUAUCACAGUUCAUUGUGUCUAAAAGACUUUCCAGUUAACCCUUAGACAACGGCUAUGGAGAAAUGUUCAUACCUCAACUAUUAUGCUCAAAAAAUAAAAAAAAAAGCCAACAAAUAAUUUUUCAUUAUAGAAUUAUUAACUUCUAUGCAGAAUGUAAGAAAAAUACAAAAAUAAGUGAAUAUUUAUCGUUUUACUGGGUGGAGGUGCUCUGUAAUACACUAUUCUGGCACUUGUCAAUGCCUGGUGCUCAACUUUGCUAACGCUUCAUGUUUUAUCCUCCGAUGUUUUACUGAUUGUUUUACCACUUGUUUUUCUUUAUUUACAUCCACAAAGAGCUUUUAUAUAUACUGUACAUCCAUAUUAGCAUUAUACUGUACAUGUAUGACCCAUACAAUAAUUGUU